GCAAGCUCGCAGCAUCACCCUAACCGACUCUAAUUCGAACCUAAUCCGAUCACUCUCGUCAACCCAUAUCCACCACAAUGCCCCCCAAGCAAAUCCACGGAAAGGGCGGUCGCACCCUCGCCGAGCCCAGCUUCGCGCGCAAUGCUAUCCGGACAUUUACGAGCGCGGAGAACAGGGGUGUUGUCUCUGCCGUUGGCAUGUUUGCUAUUGGCGUCGCAUUCCUGCACAGCAGCUGGGCCGAGAUCCUUCUUCCUGCGUAAACGACGGACCGCAGUCUAAACAUUACGAGACGAGCAGGCCGAGAGGCGAGCUGCCAGAGGAUAGGAAGCUGCCAAGAUGCGAAGCUACUUGAUGAAUCUUUACAACAUGUAAAAAGUACGGUCUUUGUUUGGGCUGGAAAGCAUCAGAAUGGCGUUCAGGUACACCUUGGGGGUAGGCAGACCCAGGUCCAAUCUAUCCGGCAAAUGCCAUGGACUUGUAACAUAUGUGUAUAUCACGACUCAUCACACACACACACCUUCGGU